AUGAAUGGAUAUGCGCGCAGGGAGAACGGCUUCGAGGACGGCACCCAGAGCCUGUACCGCUUCCUGGAGCACGACCCGGCCGUCCCCAGGUACUACAACUUCAGGGGCUCCACCAACGACGGCGAGCCCAAGCCCGCCGCCGCCGUCGGCCAGAGGAUGACCAAGAUCAUGGUCGCCAUACUCGAGGCCUACGCCUCCGAGGACCGCCGCCGCCUCGACUACGCCCGCGUCGCCGCCAGCGAGGAGUUCCGGAGGUACGCCAGCCUGGCGCGGGACCUCCAGCGGGCGGACGUCUUCGCCCUGCCCGCCGGGGAGCGCCUGUCCUUCUUCCUCAACCUGCACAACGCCAUGGCCAUCCACGCCGUCAUCAGGACCGGCCAGCCAGCGGGCGGGGGCGCCGUCGACCGCCGGUCCUUCUUCACCGACUUCCAGUACGUCGUCGGCGGGUACCCCUACUCCCUCACGACCAUCAAAAACGGCAUCCUCCGCGGCAACCGCAGGAAGCCCUACACCAUCGUCAAGCCGUUCGGCGCCUCCGAUAAGAGGCUCGAGCUGGCGGAGACGAAGGUGAACCCGCUGGUGCACUUCGCGCUGUGCAACGCGACGCGGUCGAGCCCCAGCGUGCGGUUCUACUCCACGCAGGGCGUGGAGCCGGAGCUCCGGCACGCGGCCAGGGAGUUCCUCCUCGACGGCGGCGUGGAGAUCGACCUCGAGACCCGGACCGUCCACCUCACCAGGAUCAUCAAAUGGUACAGCGCCGAUUUCGGGCAGGACAGGGACAUCCUCAGGUGGAUCCUCAACUACCUGGACCCGACCAAAGCCGGGCUCCUGACGCAUCUCCUCAACGACGGCGGACCCAUCAGCAUCGCCUACCAGGACUACGACUGGUCCUUGAACGCCUGA